UUGCAACUCAUUCACCAACUUUAUUUGGAAACAGAAUUAAACUCUCUUUCGUCUUGUCACCUGUCACCCUUAGCCUGCUUCUUCUUCUUCUUCUUCUUCUUCUUCUUCUUGUCUCUUUAUAUACUUCACCUGAUAUUAAGUACCCCCCAAAAACCAGAUUGAUUAGUAUAUAUAUCGUCUUCUUUCUAGCAAUCUACCACCAGAAAAAUAAACUUCAUUUUCUUAUCUUUCCUCAGUUUAUACAUACAGCAAACUUGAAAGCUUUUCCUAGUUAAUUAUUAGUGUUUUUAUAAUUUAAACACACAAGUUUCUGAAGAGAAUAUGGGAGUUGCAGGGACUUUGGAAUACUUAUCAGAAGUACUUAGCAGCGUUAAGAAAAGCAAGAAAAAGAAGCAGAUUGCUACUGUUGCUGUUAAGAUUAGAAUGGAUUGUGAAGGUUGUGCUCGUAAAGUCAAGAAAACCCUCUCUGGAGUCAAAGGUGCAAAAUCAGUGGAGGUGGACUUAAAGCAACAGAAAGCAACAGUAACAGGAUUUGUGGAUGCUAAGAAAGUGCUGAAGGCAGCACAAUCCACUGGUAAGAAGUGUGAGUUAUGGCCAUAUGUGCCUUAUAGUAUGGUGGCACAUCCUUAUGCUGCUGGAGUUUAUGACAAGAAGGCACCUCCCAAUUUUGUAAGGGCCACUAAUGAUCCUGCUGUUGCUCACUUAGAUCCAGUUGAAGAACAAUAUUCCCUUAUGUUCAGUGAUGAAAAUCCAAAUGCUUGUAAUAUUAUGUAGCUAGCUAAUUAACGGGUAAUUAAUACUUAUCCCAACCAAUGUUAUAUCAAUGUAUAUCGACUUACCACGCUAAAUUAAUCUAAUAUAAUGAAAAACAUAUUAAAU